UACUACAGCUCGUACUUAGUGUGUCCAGCCACGCGUCACAUGUCGAACUCUAUCUGCUGAAAGUCCACCGGGUACGCACGCCCUGCUUCGCUAUCGCUGUCCUCAUCUAACCGUUCUCGCUCUUCGCAGCGUGGUCCUCUAUCGAUCGUAGACAGACACACACACACAGCCAUGGCCAAGAAGACGACAGACGCAGGCGUGGGCUCCAUCCUAGGCGACCUGUGCGCCAAGUACGACAAGACCACACCCAAGAAGAUCAAACUCAUCGACGGCUUCCUGGCCUACGUGCUGGCCACCGGCGUGCUCCAAUUUAUCUAUUGCCUGCUGGUCGGCAACUUCCCGUUCAACUCGUUCCUCGCCGGCUUCGUCUGCACCGUCGGCGUCUUCGUACUGGCCGUGUCACUGCGGAUGCAGAUCAACCCGGAGAACAACUUUGGCGAUCGCACGGAGCAGCGCGCGUUUGCCGACUACCUCUUCUGCAACAUCAUCCUCUUCCUCGUGGUGUUCAACUUCAUGGGCUAAGCCAGUACAGGAGUGCGUGGAGGAUACACAUACACAAGCCGGGAGUCUACUCUCGAGUUUUGCGUGAAAGAGAUAACAUAAUUGCUGAGCGAGGAUGACGUUGCAUUAACCUAUAGCUCCCCUUACUGCUUGUCACUACCUGGAUCUGCUUACCGUAUCACUUCCAUGGCACUUCCAUUUAAUGGAAAUGCAUGUAAAUUUUACAGCCUCAUUAAGGUGUCGCCAGCGAGUUACUGUAACGAAUAGCAUGGUCAAGUUGAAGUGAGCUCUGACGCAGGCACAUAUGUUACAAGUAUUAAGCAAUGUCUACUACACUGUGUACAUGCUGCUACU